AAUAAACAUUGCUUAUAUUUCAGUGUGUACGUAGAUACAUACGCAGUAGUUUUGUGUGAUUAUUUGUCUUUAAUCACACGAGUUUCAUUAGAUAUAUGUUAUGGAGAGAUUAGCAUUAAUUAAUUAGGAAAUCAUGAAAGAAAAACAUGGCUGAGCAUGGCAAUGAUCUUUACGAACAACAACUUUUUGCUGUAUUUGAAAGCUGUUUGACAAAAGGAGAGAAUGAACUCAGUGAGAAUGAUUUGUUUUCUAUUUGCAAUAAAUUGGAUCUCGAUGAAUUGAUUGAGGAAUUGAAAUUGUGCAUUUGCAAACAUCAUCCAAAUAAACAAACGAUAUCCUUUCAAGAAUUCCGAGAUGGUUUAUUACUCUUGUUGAAAAAAUUUCAAGGUUCAAUAACUGAUAAACAGCAUAUUGUACAACCAUAUCAUAAUUUAAAUAUAUGCAAUCGAGAUAUCGAGAAAAAUCAAACUUUACCAUUGGCCACAAGUACUUUGAGGGUUUAUCUUCAAGAUAUGAAAGCUAAUGUUACAAUGGACGAGAGCAGAUUGAUACGCUUAUGGGAGAAAGUUAAAGUUUAUUUAAGUGGAAACGCAGAACCUGCAACGAUACAAUUUAUAUCGAGUUGUUUAGAAAUUCCAGAACUCCCUAAACAAAUAACAGAAUCUAUCUUUGAAAGUCUCGAUCGCAAUUGUGAUGGAUUGAUAAGUUUUGAUGAGUUUGUAAUUAUAUUUCAAAAGAAAAAAAAUAUUAAAACUUUACGAGAGGAUACCGCAUCUCAUAGCAGUAUUGUAAACUAUGAUGUAAAUACAUUAGAUUUUAAUACAUGUGUGUCUUGUGAAAUUAAUUCAACGCAAACUAACAGAGAUUCGGAUAAGGAGGGAAAAGUUGCUGGUGUUUCUAAUAUAGCUACGCUAUCAUCCAGUGAUCUUGAUGCUUUGGAUACGAGUCUUGCAGAAAUAACAAAUGUCAUAUGCGAUGAACUCAAGAAUUUAGAUGAAUCAUUAGAUAAUAAUACCAUUCAGACUCAUAUUAGUUUGUUACGAGAAAUGAUGAUUACCCAUCAGGAUGAGCAACGCAAUUUAACUGCUAUAAUAGACAACAUGAAGGUAGAAAGAGAGAAAAUGCGGAUUGACAUGUUAGAGGCCAAUGAACGGGCGAAUUUAUUAGCACAAGAGAUUGAUGAGUAUCAUGUUCAGUUGGAAAAAACGAAAAAAGAUUUACAGAGACAGAGCGAACAACGUUAUGCUGAAAUCAUGAAAGAAUUAUCAGAUCAACUGAAUAUCGAACGGGAGAUGGAUGCCGCGGCUUUAAAAUCAAAGGAUGAUCAGUUACAGGCAUUACAAAAGGAUAAUCAUGAUAUGAAAAAUAAAAUCGUACAUAUUUUACAAGAGAAUCAAAUGCUCGAAGCAGAGAAUAAAACUCUUCUUAGCCAGAUUGAAAAGUUGCGGCAAUCUAAUAAUGAUUUGUUAACUCAAAUAAAAGUGUUAGAUGCGGAGCAGGAUGAGAUACAAAGCAUAGAAGCUAAGCAACAGGAACAAGUUAAUUUUUUCGUUGAUCGUAUUAAACAGUUACAAUCAGAAGUGACGCUCUUGCGAGAUCAAAACGACGAACUUUGCGCGGAAUUAGAAAAUUCGAAAUGUUAUGGCAAAGAUACGACAUAUAAGACACCAUCAUCUUUGGCAUAUGAUUUACAAUUAGAUGAAAAUCAAGAUGAAAAUCAUAUGACACGAGAGUUUGAAGUGAAUCGGCAGAUCAGUGGUAAAGCAUCAUGUGAUAACUUUGAAAUACCAAUGGACGAAGGUCAGACUGAUAUAUCCAAUUCCGAUACGAUGGAAUACAAAAGAGAUAUAAUUAUAAAAGAUUUGGAAAAUAUAUUAUCAACAAGUGUAAAAUGCCUACCAGAGAAAUGUUCUUUGAAAGCUAGCGUGUCGAAAUUGCUUACUUGCCUGCGAUCGGACUUUGCACUGCGUUGUCCCGCACAAGACUUCGGAAAAAGUAUAGCAUCUGAGCUUGAAAUGGAAUGUGAGGAACGAGCUAACGAGUCUUUGCGAGAUUUAGUCGUUUCGAAAAUACCAAAGCAACCUUCUAUGAAACGUACAGCGAUGUCAAAUAGUGCAGAAGAUUUAAAUAAUUUCACUGGUCAAGAUGCAAAAAAUCUAACACAAAAUAAGGCAAUGAGUCUUAGAGAUUACCCACCGCGAAAAGAAGAAUAUCCUAUGGAUCAAUGCAAAGCCAGCAAGGAGAAAAAUAAUUCUUCGAACGUUACUGAAGUCGAAAGUAUUCCAAGAAUUGUGACAACAAACACAGAAUCAUUAGAGAUAGAGAAGAAACAAUUGACCGAACGUUGUCAAGAACUCGAACGAAGUUUAGAUUUAUUAAAAACGGAAUAUGAAGAAUGUGAGGAUUAUUGGGCUGCCAAAUUAGAAGAAGAAAGACAGCUUUUUGAACAAGAACAAAAAAUAAGUGAUGACAAACUUGCCGAGCUUAUUAAUAAAAUAACAGAAUAUGAAGAAUUAAUUAGUCCUUCGGAUAAAUCAAAAAAUAAUGGACGAUUAUCUCCCAUAGAAGAAAAGUUUAAUUUGGAGCAACAGUAUGUAGAUCUCGAAGAAGAAUUUGAGAAAUGGAAAAUAAAAAUUGAAAAUGACAUUUCUCAGAAGGAUCUAGAAAUUGGAGACCUCCGUGAAAAGUUAAGACUGAUAGAACAACCAAUUACAAAUGAUUCCUAUGUACAAGUACCAGACGAAAUUUCUUUAGCAACAUUGUCAGAUUCGUCGCACUGUAAAUCUUCCAGUAUGUCCAGUAUUCUAUCAACGAACGAAAUAUUCGCGAAUACGGAUUUAUAUGGCACAAACAAUCAAACGUGUCAUACUUCAGCAGAAUUUCCAUUAUCCAAUAAUCUUAACAAAUUAUUAAAACAAGAGGAUCACAUAGACGGUCAUAAUCUAUAUAAUACACAUACCGACUGCUCUAUGAAAGUAACAAAAGGUAUAAGUAAAGAUCAAAAGAUAUAUCAUAAUAGUCCACAUAUUGUUGAUAAAACUAUGUUGGCAAUGAAAGAGGAAGAUAAGUGCGAUUCAGAAUUUAAAUUGAUACAUAAUGUAAUGAAAGAAGCUAGCUGCACAUGUUCCGAGAAUGUUCAACAGCAAGUAGAUUGCAUCGAUCUAAACAUUUUUCAGAACUUAAAAAUGAAACUUUACGCACAAGAACGUAAGAAACGUCAUCUACAGCGUUAUAUUAAACAGCAGCGGCAGUAUAUUGAAAGAUUAUUACAACGUAUUAUGGUGCAGCAUCAGACGGAAGUAUGUGAGUUACAGUGCCUUCUCCGUAAUACCCAAGAAAGACUUCACAUACAAGUUCAAACAACUGUUGAUCAAGCUGAUAAAUUAGCAAGUGCUGAUAUUUUGGUGAAGGAUUUGUACAUAGAAAACGCAUAUCUAACAUCACACAUGAAGCGCUUGCAAGAACGAUGUCUUAUAUUAACAGGCCUUGAUGUAGAAUCGACCUCAAUGUGAUGUCUACAAAUAAUUAUUUACAAUUAUGAUAAAUCAACGUCUCUUUGUAUGUAUCGAAAAUAAUGUAUAUUAUUUAUUUAUGAUGUAGAAUUAUUAAUUAAUAGUAUAAAAGUGUCGUAUAGCAUAAGGCUGGAAUAUAACUCAGGGAUGCAAACGGUUAGAAAAUGUAUGUUUGAAAACGGGUGCCUUCAGUUUUUAAUUUGAUUUAAAGAGAUUUGGCUUAUAUAUGUGUAAUAUACAUAUAUACACACACAUGAUUUAAGAGCAAUUGUAUGAUAAAUAAGAGAAGCUUUAUGUAAGCAGA